AUGUUCAAUUUCGCGCCGAAGGCCUGCAAGGAUGCACCGCGAGCGAACCGAUUUCUUCAGAGCACAAGUUAUCUAUUGAAACUUGCAGAUGGCAGCGCACAAUUUUAUAGAAACUCGGCAGAACUCGGCGUCAGCGCCCCUCCCCCCCGCGGCGCCCCCCCACGUAAACGUGUCACGGCGCCGCGCGUGUGUGCCGAUAUUUUCAUAAGCUGGCGUAACCGUCCCAAAACAUGUUGUCUUAAAUUUAAAUGCAUUGCGUUGCGUGCUCUACGUCACGUGCACACGUUUCGUGUUCAAAAUAGACGCGUAUGUCACGAGCCACGGAUGCCGAAAGUCGACGUGGGUCAGCUGACGGCCCCGCCUCCAGAAUCGUACGCACACAGUCGGAGAUUCGCCACAGUGGGGACAGACGCUCUGCGUCAUUCUAGUCCAGAAACUGAAUGGAUAUUUUGA